AUGGCUACGUAAUCAGUGUAUAAUCAUUAUUAUUUCGCAAGACGGAUAAUAGAUAUCUUCACCAUCUCCGACGGAAAUCCUAUUUGCAAUUGAUAUUAGAGAGGUACGAAUUGCAAAUCACUUAUAAAUUGUUUAUAAAGUUCGAUUCUCCCGUCUCGGUUUUAUUCCGAGAUAGUUUAUAAGUUCGAUAACAGGCGUGUCUAAUCGAUGAUGCAAGAAAUUACUCGCUUCAAAUAGACCUGUUACACGAUCUAUCUCGAGAAUUGAAGUAGAAUAUGAAAUACAUAGAAUUAUGAAGUUUUUAUACAAUUAAUCAAAUUGAGUACCCGUUGAAUCAGUUAUUUUCGAAACAAGAUCGUUGUUUGUUUGUUGGAUAAAUACGAUGACGGUUUACUGUUCGAAAUAAAACUAUCUAAUUUUCCUUGACUGACGCACGAUUACAGGUUUGGUAGACCAGGUGUGGAAUUCUAUGGACAACACACCAUCGAAAGCGGAGAGAAUGCUGUCACAAAGAUCAUUGCUCUGCCCAAUGAAGUAAGUACCAUUAUUGCUACUGCUUCUUUUAAAUAUAUUCUUGAUAUCAGGUAUCAUAGCACGCUUAACACGUGUGAUCAGUUAUUUUCAGAAUUGUUUUAAUACAAAAAGGUUUAAUUUUUAACUUCACAUACAUAUAGUUUGAUUAAUUAUAACAAGCAUAUGAUUACAACACUCAUACAAUUCUAUAACUUACUAAUUGCGUAAACAUAAUUAUAAAUCUAUAUUUACUGUUCAACAAUAUAUUAAAUUAUUAAAUGAUUUAUAUUCAAACAUCAUAGUCUUGCGAUUUUAAUCUUUUUGUGAGAAUUGAUCACCAGAUUCAGUUUUCAAUUAAUUGGAGUAGGAAAAAUGUUAAAUAAUAAAGGAUAAAUUUGAUGGAGUAGAAAUGAAUAAAUCGCUGUAAGGAUUUAAUUCGUGUAAAUUAUACUAAAUUAAAAUAUGUAAUAGUGUAUGAAACGAAUGCCAGCUGACGUAUCAUUCUAGUUCGGAUUUCUUAAUGACCAUGCUAAUAGUUCCUAAAUCUUCUAAAGAUGUUAUCUCCUAAUGAGAAAUUCUAAAAAUUUUCGUUUUGAACUUCAAUUAUUUCUAGUUUAUGUUUACUAAUUACUUUAGUGUUAUCAUUCCAAUAUCUAAAAAUACUGGAGUAAUACUUUCGAAAAUAGUAUCUAUUAUAGAAAUUUUACACGCAAUAUAACAUACGAGAGAAAUAUAAAAAAAGAUCAAUUCUAAUUGAUUUUUUGAUUUUUUCGUCAUUUAAAUAAUUUCCUAAAAUACAUUUUAUAAUUAUAAUCGUAUAAGUGGAUAAUUAAUAAGAGGAAUAGAAGGUUAAUAAGAUGCAAAAACAUACAUCAUAUUUAAUAAUAAAAUAAAUUUGUUACUGCAUUAUUUAUCACAUAGCUUUUUCUCAAGAAACUCUAAAAGUAAAUAUUUUUUGACAUAAUUAUGUAUUUUUUAUUACACCGAAAGACCAAAGAUCAAAUGUUAAUUUCUUGAUUCAAGAUAUUGGAUAUUUUUUUGGUAAAUUUGACGAAAGGAAGAGAAAUAUUGCACGGUAUACGUCGAAGGAACGGAGCUUAAUACCGGUUCUGCGCACGAUAGUACAUAAUAUCUUUUACGUACAUUGUAAUCGAAAGGACUAGACGGAGGUGUGAAGUUAUGGUUGUUUUUAGUCACAUGCAUUGCACCGGUAAUGCGAUACCGUGUUCGGCUUAUACGGCGAUAGUUGCAUAACUGUGUGUGUGACAAGCGCAAUGCGCUUUGCACGUGUGUACGAAUAAAUAAUAUAUGAACACUAUUGUUGUUCCAUAAAGGUCGUACAUCGUUCGUAUCGCUUUUCUUGUGUUCUUCCCCCCUGAGAGACAAACUGAGGAAAUUUCGUUGUGAAAUUUAUUCAAUAAUGACGAAACCUCUAAAUUCUCGACGCAAUGAUAGCUAUUAGUUUUUGCAAUAUUAUCACAUAUAAAAUAUAUGGUAGAAUAUAGUGAGUUAUAUAUAUAGUAAAAAAUGUACGAACACGUUGUUUGUUAUGAGUCAUGAAAUCUCGUUAUCAUUUUUCAAGGGGAUCCUAAAAUCGAUAAGAUAGCGGCUGUACGAUUGCAAAGUGAUCGCUAAGUAUUUUGAAUCCUUUAUUUCUUUCACGUAAUGAAAUAAAAAAUAUAAUAACACUGUAUUAAUUUAAUACCAUCUUUUGUCAAAAUAUGUCUUUUAUUAAAAUAUGUAAGUCGAAUCGUUUGAAUUCAAGUUUAAUUGUUUUAUUAUUUCGAUUAAAAAAAAAAAAAAAAAAAAAAAAAAAAAACUUCGUCAGCAAUAAAUAUCGAUUUAAUUAACUAUCGUGUGAGCAUUCGCCCGGUUUUCAAUCACUUGUUAUCUAUGCAAAUUCCAUUCUCUAUCUUCUAAUUCAUUUUGAUAUUUCACACAUCAGAUUACCGCAAUUGGAAUUCAACUUCAUUGGAAUUUCAAAUCAAUUUCAAAUUAAAAAAUUGAUCAAACACGGAAGAACAAGUGUUGGAAACAGUAUAAAAUGCAGCACAACCCGUUUGGAGUUUGUGUGAAUGUGUAUAAUGAACGAGUAGGCGAUCCCACUUAUUCAAUUAAACAUGUUAAUAAUAGGUGGAAAGAGCAUUGCUCUGUUUAUGAAAAAUACGAGUUAGCAAUACACUGUAGAUUUAUAUGAAAAUAUGAAGUGCGAUGUAACUAUUUUAACCUUGUAUUUUCUUCAAGUUUUCACUUUGCUCAUUACAAACAAGUCAUCUUCUUUGUGAGUAGGGGGAAAAAACGCGGGAAAUUUUUUUAAAUUUCGAUAUGUAUCGAAUUGACAAAUCAAAUUCGACGAGAAACCAACAUUCGAUGUUAUUCAUUCAAAAUGAAUGCAAUUAGUUAUAGUAAUCUCUAUGUUUAAUUUGGAAAUAAAUCAGUGAUGGAAUGAGUUCGUUUGUUACAAAUGCAACAGGGUCGUCUGGUUUCUCUUUGCGAUGACAAUUCGCUUCACCUGUGGGAAAUCAAUGAAAGUUCGGUCGUGGAGACCAAGACGCUAUCAUUGGAGGGUAAGUUGAAGAAAAUCUCCGCUAUGUGCCUGGAAUCGAGCGGCGAACAUCUUCUUCUGGGAACAGAAGGUGGGAACAUCUAUCUUCUCAAUUUGAAAACAUUCAUGAUGCCUGACAAUAUCAUUUACCAGGAUGUCGUGAUGCAAAACGUGCCAGAUGAUUACAAGAAGAAUCCAGGAGCGGUUGAAGCGAUAGCGGAACAACCAGGUCAUCCAGACAAUAUUCUGAUAGGUUACAAUCGUGGUUUAAUGGUUUUGUGGAACAAAGCGACUCCAGGAGCUCAACAGACAUUCGUCUCCACGCAACAGCUGGAAUCUGUCCAUUGGGUUUCCGAGACCCGAUUUGUUUCUUCCCACAAUGAUGGAUCCUAUGCAUUUUGGAGUCCAGGCAGUGAUAACAUGCUAGAGUCGACUACACCUUAUGGACCGUUUCCCUGUAAAGCUGUGACUAAAAUUCUUGUUUAUUCAACAGCCGAGCUGGGCGAACUCAUUUUAUUUUCGGGUGGAAUGCAACGUGCGAGUUAUGGCGAUCGCCACACAAUCACUGUUAUGGCGAAGGGGAAACAUGUUGUUUUUGAUUUCACGUCAAAAGUAAUCGACUUCUUUACUGUGUUUCCUAAGCAACAGGAUGGAAAAGAUCCACCCGAUAGUCCAGAAACGCUUAUAGUAUUGGCCGAAGAAGAGAUAGUAGCCAUUGAUUUGACUGAUCCUGACUGGAAAAUGAUGGCGUUACCCUAUCUAGUAUCUCUUCAUGCAAGUGCGGUCACAUGUUCACAACACGUUUCCAAUGUUCCUGAAGAGUUAUGGAAAAUUAUUAUCGCAGCUGGAAAGGCACAAACAGAACAUCUAUACUCGGAUAAACCAUGGCCUAUAGACGGUGGAAUUAUUCUUAAUCAAAAAUCAGAGAACAAUAAAUCAAAAGAAUUGUUACUUACUGGCCAUGAGGAUGGGACCGUUAGAUUCUGGAAUGCAACUGAUGUUGUUCUAACGCUUCUCUAUAAGUUCAAUACAUCUGUUUUGUUUACUGGCGAACAUCUGGAUGUUCUUGAACAAUCUCCGGAAGAUGACGAGAACGAAUGGCCGCCAUUUAGAAAACUUGGAACUUUUGAUCCAUUUUCAGACGAUCCGAGAUUAGGUGUAAAUAAAGUGUUAUUUUGUCCGCUAUCGUCAAAAUUAAUAGUUGCCGGUACAGCUGGUCACGUAAUUAUAGCUUCUUUAUCAGCGACACCUAAAACAAAGCAAAUUAAACCCAUCACGAUGAACAUCGUAAACGAUCGUGACGAAUUUGUGUGGAAAGGACAUGAUCAUCUUCCGGCAAGAACAACUGACAUAGCUUUUGGAAUCGGUUUUCAACCACAAAAUCUUAUUCAGUUAUAUCCGCCGGCUGCGGUUACUGCAUUGGCCAUAUAUAGUGAAUGGGAACUAUUUGCUGUAGGAACGGCUCAUGGUUUAGCCGUUUUCGACUAUAUGAGAGUAAAGCCUGUUACCGUGAAAUGUACACUGAAUCCAAAUGAUCUUUCCGGCGCAGGUGAUACACCGAUCUGUAGAAGAAAAUCAUUCAAGAAAUCCUUAAGGGAAUCUUUUAGAAGAUUAAGAAGAUCACAACGUCGAACAAAUGUCACUAGUCCAACUAGAAACACGGCAUCUGAAAAAAAGAAAGAAACACCCAGUAUUGCUUCUUCUCCAAGUGGUGAUCUUUCACCAGUGGAAUUAAAGCCUGUGGAAAGACAAGUGGAAGCAAGACCUGUAGACGAUGCAUUGGGAUCAAUGGUUCGAUGUUUAUAUUUUGCUAAAAGUUAUAUUAUAAGCAUGCAAAAUACAACGCCUACACUUUGGGCAGGUACGAAUAAUGGUACAGUUUAUGUUUUCACAUUGGCCAUUCCUGCUGACGGUAAAAGACUAGACGAGGACGUAAAUUGUACAUUAGGAAAAGAAAUUCAUUUAAAGCACAGAGCACCUGUAAUUGGAAUUACAAUUCUCGAUGGAUCUAACAUACCGUUGCCAGAACCAUUUGAAGUCAUGCAAGGCCUAAGUCUUGGUCCUAAUGUGAUUUCUCCACAUAAAGUUGUAAUUGCUAGCGAAGAACAAUUCAAAAUUUUCAAUCUUCCAUCCUUAAAACCAUAUUGUAAAUAUAAACUUACCGCACACGAGGGUUCACGAGUAAGAAAAACAGGUUUUGCAAAAUUCACGUGUUCAAUGGAUUCUGCAGGAACACAUGAAGAAACUUGUUUACUAUGCUUGACUAAUCUUGGUGACUGUUUAGUGCUUAGUAUUCCCGAAUUAAGAAGACAACUUAAUGCCGCUGCCAUUAAGAAGGAAGACAUUAAUGGAAUUUCUUCAUUGACAUUUACGAAAGUUGGCGAAGCGUUAUAUUUGCAUUCAAGUUCGGAAUUGCAGCGAAUUUCAUUGUCAGCCAACAGAGUGACAAAAGCACAUUGUGCGUUAAAUUUACCACCAAACGCUAGAUCAUUUCCAGAAGCUAACAAUGAAGAAACUCAAAAGCAAGAUGUGACCGAAAAUACAACGGUAGAAACGGAAAAUGAAGCAACACAAGGAAGUCAACCAGCUCCAGUACAAAGGAUAAUUACAGAGAAUGGUGUAAUUGGUUCUACCGGUGGUGAAGAAUCUCCUGCAGCAAGUACCAAUGAUGUAAAUGGAGAAGACGAUCGUCAAGACUUAAAUUCUAUUGGAGAUAUAACGAUCGAUAGCGUGAAGGAUCAUUUACUAAAUGCAACGUCUUCCGAAGAACUUCAUAGUCGUCUUGCAGGACUUAAAAUGGAGGUGACUUCACGAACUUCGGAAAUAUCUACUCAAAAUCAGUCCCUAGUUGUAAAGACCACAACUGUCGUUUCACAAACAACCAACAGUACUACUGCUAAUGGGGAGAUUGAAACAAAUCAAAUAAAUGAAACACAACAAAUGAACAAUUAGUACAGCUGACUUGGCAAAUUUGGAGAUAACAACAACUACAGUGACUACUGAAAAAUCGAAAGCUCCAUUAGCAAGGCCUGAAGAAAUCGGAUCUUAGGAAUAUUUCAAAUUGCCCUAUGCCCUACUUCCUGAUCUUAUGUUCUGUACGCAACAAUUAGAUUUUUUGUUACUUACUGGACUCACACAGCGACGAUAGAUAGAAUUUAUAUAUCGUAGAUUUUUUAAAAAAUCUAGAUUUACACGCGGCAUUAACAUUAGCUCUAAAUUAUAAGCAAAUGAAUUUCGACGAUUGCAGCGACGAAACAUUUGAGAUAUAUUAACUGCCAAGAUUGUCGAUAUAUUUUACAUUUUAACCGAACAUUCUCACUGCAUUUCUUUUAAUAAUCAAUUUUAUAAUUAAAAUUUUUGAUGGUUUACUGAAACUUGGCCUAGAUAAUUUUAAUAAAAUGCAUUUUAUUUACAGAUAAAAGUGUAACAAAUUUUCAAGAAAAAAAUUAAAAUGUUUCAUAUUGUUUCGUUUGUAGAUCAUCCUGUUAAAACAUCGUUUUAUCAAAUACAAUAAACUUUUUAUUGAUAUAGCUUUAAGAGAAAAUUGAGAAAAAUUUAUACGAUUCAUCUUUUAUGCUACGUAACUAAACAUAAUUUAAAAAUUUGUACAAGGAAGAUACAUCACAAAUCGAGAAUAUGGCAGCCUUGUAACGAAUAUAUUGUGUUACAUCAAUUUCUAAAUAAUAAAAUUAAUAAAAAGGCGAUUCUUUAUCUAUAUAAUAUUUCAAAUAUUAUAUAGAUGCAUUGUGACAUCAGAUAAAGAAAUAAGCAAAGAAAGAAAAUUACUUAAGUAGAAUAUGAAUGUAUAAGUCGCAAAGAUUAAACGAGGGAAAUCACCAAUGGCCAUAAUACAAAUCCCGUGAUGGAUAUAUUUUUUACCAAUAUUGUUAAUUUAAAAAAUUGUUUUUUCUUUGUUAGAAAUGAUCAUGAGUUCUGAAUUAUAUGAAAAAAGAAAUGUAAUAGUGUUUUAAUAUUGUUAUGAUACCUAAUAUAUCUCGUCUAUG